CAUUUAAUUGAGUAAACUUUUUCUUCACAAUGGAAUCGACCUGAGAAAGUGUAAACAAAAAAAGGGAAACAACUGGUGCGAACUCUCAUACUAUGGGAUAACCUGUACAACGAGCCAAUCACAUCUUGUUAUUUUUCUUCGAGAUUGUGUCAUGGGCGCGUCUAAUUGCAGAUAUUGUGUUUCACCCCAGUGUUGUGUUUUUGAUAUCUGAUAAUUAUCACCUAAUUUGAUCCCUUGAUUCAUGGUUCUUUAGAGAUGAAGGUGUUGCACGUGGUUAUAGUUCUUGUAUCAUGCGUUUUGGCAUCGAGUUCACCGAUCAUCCGAGUAAGAACUAUUAAUGGCCAGAAGAAAUCUUAUUGCUGUUACGGCGUUGUGAGACCCUUCGACAUGAUGGCAAAAGCUAAACAGGGUCUGCGAGCUUUGAAUCAGGUUGGAUUCAGCUUGAAACAGGUUCGCCAAGCGCUGGGCAUCCAGCAAGAAAAACUUGAGGGAAAACUGGAGAAGGCGGAGAAAAAAGCAGAAGACAUUAGUGCAAAGGCGCGAAAAGCACUGAGAGAAACAAUGGAAAUUUUGCAAGAUGCUAUCAAGAAGGCUUCCUCAAGAUUGGGCGAAAUGGCAGACGUUACUAAUGACUUGGGACAGCUCAGAAAAGACCUCGAGGAGACCAAAUCGCACGACAUGAUUAGCAAGAUACGAGAUCUGAUUGCCGAGAAUCCCGUGGGUGACGAGAAAGCCAAAGAUGAUGAAAAAACAAAGAAGGACUCUACGGAAAAUGACCAAGCGAAAAGUAAGAAACAGGAAAAAUCACUAAAACCAAAAGAUGACAUCCCAGCUGGACAUAGCGCAGAUGAAGAUGCCGUGGCUAGAAGUUUGGUGAAGCAAGAAAAAUACGAGAAUGACCAAGUGAAAUUUGCGAAAGAUGCUAUCGACGAAAAAUCACAAGAAAACAAGCGAGCUUUUGAAAAGACCAAAAAUUUCCUGCAUCUAGUUGAAAACGGGCUGCUUGAAUUUCAAAAUGGAUAUUAAAAGGAAGAAACUUGACUGCAGAAAAAGGGCAAACAUUUGCAGCAAACCUAAUGUAAAGUAGAAAUUUGAUUUAACUUGAUUGGGUAGACAGUAUGAAUAGAGGGAGAGAUCUGCAUUUUAAGUAACCGUAAAGCAGUUCAGUAAUUGAGAAAAACGUAGUUUUAAUCGGGAUCGAGACUAGCUAGUUCGUAUACUGUGAUCGUCGUGGCGAGGUUAGUUCUGAAAAGAAGUGUUGUCGGUGGCUGACGUUUCGACGACCUUAGCGGAAGUCAUCUUCAGAGUCAAGUGAAUAGUGUUUGUCAGUC